GCAGCCAAUAGGAGCCGCCGUUUCAUCCGCGCGGGUCGAGCUGGCGUUUGCUUGCUUAAUGGCGUUGGGCUAAGACGAGAGUGGCCGCCAUCGCGUGGCCUCGUCCGCCCCGCUUUAAACUCACCAUGACGUCCGUUCACUUCGUUGUGCACCCGCUGCCGGGCACCGAGGAUCAGCUGUACGACCGGUUGAGGGAGGUGUCAGAUAAACUGACCAAGUCUUCGUCUGUGAGCCAUCAUGCGCUCAGCUGUCUGGAGCAGUCCCCGAUCAAGCAGUGUGUCGUUGGACCCAAUCAUGCCGCGUUCCUCUUGGAGGAUGGACGCGUUUGCCGGAUCUCUUUCUCCAUCCACCCCGAGCGGCUGGAGCUUGGAAAGCCGGACAGCUCGGAGGGUUCUAAGCCGAGUGGGGCCCCUGGUGCCGGGCGUUCGUCUCGCCUCGGUCGAAACAACGAAUCUCCGUGGCUUCUGUCGGGGUCGGACUCUCUGGGCCGGCUUGCUGGACACCCCCUCGGGCGGUGGAGCUCAGGAGUGGGCGGCACGUCGGGCCGCUCGUCUGCGGCAGCACGUGACUCGCGGCGGCAGACGCGGGUGAUCCGCACGGGGCGCGACCGCAGCUCGGCCCUGCUGGGCAGCCAGCCCGUCGUGCCGGCCUCCGCCAUCCCCGAGGAGCUCAUCUCACAGGCACAAAUGGUAUUACAGGGGAAGUCGCGCAACGUCAUUAUCCGUGAACUGCAGAGGACAAACCUGGACGUGAACCUCGCCGUCAACAACCUGCUGAGCCGGGACGACGAUGACGGCGAUGAUGGCGAUGACACUGCCAGUGAGUCCUACCUCCCGGGCGAGGACCUGAUGUCCUUGUUGGACGCGGAUAUGCACUUGGCGCACCCAAGCGUCAUCAUCGACGCCGAUGCCAUGUUCUCGGACGACAUCAGUUACUUCGGAUACCCGUCUUUCCGUCGCUCAGCGCUCUCCCGACUCGGAUCCCGAGUUCUUCUUCUUCCUCUAGAGCGCGACUCGGAGCUCCUGCGGGAGCGCGAAUCGGUGCUGCGCCUGCGUGAGCGCCGCUGGCUCGACGGCGCGUCCUUCGACAGCGAGCGGGCGGGUGGCGCCGUCGGAGGUCGCGACGCCGACUCGGCCGCCGCGGCCGCCGCGGCCGCCGCCGUUGCCGCAGCGGCCGCUGCCGCUGCGGCCGCUGCAGACAAGAAGCACGGAGCGCACGGCGCGCAGAGCCCUGUGUCGCUCGGGGAAGAGCUACAGUGGUGGCACGAGAAGGACGGCGCCCCACGCUUUGUGCUCAUCGGAGCGCUCUUCUCGGAGCUCGUGGCCGUGAGCAGCAAGGGGGAGCUCUACCAGUGGAAGUGGGCGGAGACUGAACCCUACCGCAAUGCACAGAACCCGGCCGUGCACCACCCGCGCGCGCCGGGGCUGGCGCUCGCCAGCGAGGUGGUGGUGCUGCUGUCGGCCAGCAGCAUCCGCGCCUCCGUCGCCACGGAGUCGGGCAAGGUGGCCACGUGGAUGGACGAGAGCCUGACGCCCGUGGGGAGCAAGCUGGAGCACACAGCGCAGCUCUUCCCCGAGCUGCAGGGCGACCGCAUCGCGUCGCUGCACUGCUGCGCCCUGUACACGUGCGUGCGGCUCGAGUCGGGCUCGCUGCACUGGUGGGGCGUGGUGCCAUUCAGCCAGCGCAAGAAGCUGCUGGAGAAGGCACGCGCCAAGAACAAGAAGUCCAAGACGAGCGCCGGCGUCGCCUCCAUGACCAACAUCACCGUGGGAACUCAGGUGUGCAUGCGCAACAACCCAGUGUACCAGGCGGGUGCGGUGGCAUUCUCUGUGAGCUCCGGCGUGCCCAAGGUGGGCGUCCUGCAGGAGUCCGUGUGGAACAUGAACGACUGCUGCCGCUUCCGCGUGUGCUCGCCCGACGGCCUGCGGGCCCUCGACCGACUCGCCAAGGCCUCCGACACCAACAGGUCCGAGCAGAAGCAAGACAACGUGCGCACAGAGAUGGGACCUCCCCCGUCUCCUGCCUCAACCUGCAGUGACACCUCAUCCAUCGCGAGCAGCGCGUCGCUGCCCUACAAACGCAAGCGCCCGACGGCAAGCUCUCGUGAGGAGGAGAAGCACAACGAGGAGCAGUGGAACCUCAAGGAGGUGGUGUUUGUGGAAGACGUGAAGAGUGUACCGGUGGGCAAGGUGCUCAAAGUGGAUGGGGCGUACGUGGCCGUGAGGUUUCCCGGCGCCAACGGCCCAGUUGCCAGCGCGGUGGUCGUGCCCCCCGCCCCAGGGCCCGACCCGGACCCCACGUCCCUCCUGCAGGACUGCCGCCUCCUCCGCAUUGACGAGCUGCAGGUGGUGAAGAGCGGCGGGGCCCCCAAGGUGCCCGACUGCUUCCAGCGAGCGCCGCGCAAGAUGUGUGUCCCGGACAAGGCAGACAUCCUGGCACUCAACGUGGAUGCCAAGGGUGUGCACACUGUGCUGCGAUCAGGGACCUGGGUUCGCUACUGUUUGUUCGACUUGGCGACAUGCAAACCUGAGCAGGAGAACAACUUCCCGACGAGCAGUGCUGCUCUGCUGGGUCAGGACGAGCACAAUAUUGCCAUCUACAGCGCUGGACAGGAGUCACCGGUGAUCCUGCGCGACGGUAAUGGCACGCUCUACCCGCUUGCGCGCGACUGCAUGGGCGGCAUCCGUGACCCUGACUGGUUGGACCUGCCGCCAGUGCGCUCGCUUGGCGUGGGCCUGCACGCGCUCACCAACCUGCCCGCCAACUCCUCCAUCAAGAAAAAGGCCACCGUCAUCGUCAUGGCCAUUGAGAAGCAGCCGCUGCUGACGCCGGUGCUGCGGUGCGACUACGAGGCUUGCCGACUGGCGCUGCUGGGCAUGGAGCAGAGCCUGCUCAUGGAGCUGGACGCCGGCGAGGUGGAGAACAUCCCCCAUGAGCGCUGCGACGGCAACCGCAACGUCCUGCACGCGUGCGUCUCCACCUGCUUCCCCACCUCCAACAAGGAGGCCAAGGAGGAGGAAGGUGCGAGCGCCCACGGUGAUGCCCCCUCCCCCGUUGAGUCCGACCGCUCGGAUCGCACGUCGUUCUUCGAGCGUAUGUCGGCGGUCGAGGCGAUUGCCAACGCCAUCUCGGUGGUGUCGUGCAACACGAGUCGCGCCGGCGUCUCCAGCAGCAGCACGCGCAGCCUUCGUCUAAGGGAGAUGAUGCGCCGCCCACCACGGCCGCCCCCCGGCCUGGGCUCGCACGACGCAGGUGCCGCUGCCGCGGCAGAACACGCGGAGCAGGUGCCGCCACCGCCGCCCAUCCCCACCUUCAGCUGGCUCCCCGAGCCACCGCAGUUUGACCCGGCUUCGUCCUCUGCAGGACCAGGCCCAUCAACUGGAGCACCCAGCCUGGCGGGCUCCUCGAAGGAGGCGUCCGCGUCGGAACCCAAAGAUCGCAAGGCCACAGCGCACGCCAUCCUCAAGCUGCUGUGCGAGACGAGCCUGCUCAAGUUCUACAUGCGCGAGCUGCUCUCCGCCAAGGAUGCAAGAGGCAUGACGCCAUUCAUGCUGGCGGUAAGCGGGCGAGCAUACCCGGCCGCCAUCACCGUGCUCGAGACGGCGCAGAAGGUGGCAAAAGGUGACGCUCAGACUGAGAACCGGGACGACUUUAUGAGCAUGAUCUGCCCCACGGGCACCAAUCCAGACGACUCGCCGCUUUACGUGCUUUGCUGCAACGACACCUGCAGCUUCACAUGGACAGGGGCUGAGCACAUCAACCAAGACAUCUUCGAGUGUCGCACGUGCGGCCUCCUGGAGUCGCUGUGCUGCUGCACAGAGUGCGCCCGCGUCUGCCACAAGGGGCACGACUGCAAGCUGAAGAGGACUUCGCCCACGGCGUACUGCGACUGCUGGGAGAAGUGCAAGUGCAAGACGCUCAUCGCCGGGCAGAAAGCGGCGCGACUGGAGCUGCUGCACCGGCUGCUCACCACCACGGACCUGGUCACACGGCCCAACAGCAGGGGGGAGCACCUGCUGCUGUUCCUGGUGCAGACGGUGGCGCGACAGAUGGUGGAGCACUGCCAGUACCGCCCCCCUCGUGGGCGGGACGAGCGCACGCGCAAGCCGGCUGGCGCCGAUGAAGCAGACAUGCCGGACCACGACCUGGAGCCUCCCCGGUUCGCUCAGCAGGCCCUGGAGCGCGUCCUGAAGGACUGGAAUGCCGUGAAGUCCAUGAUCACAUUCGGAUCCCAGGAGAACAAGGACCCGUUGAGCGCCAGCAGCCGCAUCGCACACCUACUGGCAGAGGAGCAGGUGUAUCUGUCCCAGCAGAGCGGCACCAUCCGCCUUGACUGCUUCACCCACUGUCUGCUCGUCAAGUGCUCCGACAUGGGGCUGCUGGACACGCUGCUGACGACACUGGUGACGGAGCUGCAGAACAAGUACACGCCCGGGCGGCGUGAGGAGGCGGUGGCCGUGACGCGCCGCUUCCUCCGCUCGGUGGCACGCAUCUUUGUGAUCCUGAGCGUCGAGAUGGCUUCCUCCAAGAAGAAGAAUAACUUCGUGCCACAGCCCAUCGGCAAGUGCAAGCGCGUGUUCCAGGCGUUGCUGCCGCUGGCCGUCGAGGAGCUGUGCCACGUGGCUGAGUCGCUCAUCGUGCCCGUGCGCAUGGGCGUGGCGCGGCCCACGGCGCCAUUUGCGCUCGUCAGCACCAGCCUGGACGCCAUGCAGGGCAGCGAGGAGAUCUUCUCCGUGGAGCCACUGCCACCGCGCCCGGCCGCCGACGACAGCAGCAGGAGCUCGCAGCAGUCUGCGUACAUGGCGCACGCGGCCCAGCAGAGGCGCGGAGGCCCCGCUCCCGUGGCGCGCGGCAGGGAUGACGAGGCCGACGAGUUGGUGUCUGCUGACGUCGAGGAGGUGGAGGUGGUUGAGGGCGUCGUCGGUGAAGAGGACCACCACGAGGAGGCGGAGGAGAAUCCCGAGGCCGAGGGGCACCAUGAUGACCACGAUGAAGAUGCAAGCGACAUGGAGCUGGACCUGCUUGCUGAGACGGAGAGCGACAGCGAGAGCAACCACAGCAACCAGGACAAUGCCAGCGGGCGGCGCAGCGUGGUGACCGCCGCCACCGCCGGCUCUGAGGCUGGCGCAAGCAGCGUGCCGGCUUUCUUCUCGGAGGACGACUCUCAGUCGGACGAGUCAAGCGACUCUGAGAGCAGCAGCUCGCCCACUGAGGAGGAGGAGCAGGACGGCUUCCUGCAGGACGAGCCGCUGGAACGCACAGCCAAUAGUGCGCAUGCCAGCAGCGCUGCUCAGGCGCCACGCUCGAUGCAGUGGGCGGUGCGCACGCCCCAACCCCAGCGGCCACCGCCUCCCACUUCAGCCGCCACCACCUCCGUCACCAGUCAGUCCGCGCGCUCGCUCACUGGCACGUUCGCGAACACGGUCGCACAGAGCUCAGGUGGCCUCAUCUACAUCGACCCGAACUCGCUGCGGCGCAGCACCACGCUCGGCUCGAAUGCUGUGGCAGCGGCGGCAGCGCUGGAAGCCGGUAACUCCAGCAGCUACCUGACAUCGGCGAGCGGGCUGGCGCGCGCCUACAGCAUCGUGGUGCGCCAGGUGUCCGAUCUCAUGGGCCUGUUGCCCAAGUACUACCACCUGGUGGCCUCGCAGCUGCCCAGCUCGCUCACGCUGCGCUUCCAGGAUGCCGUGCACCUGCAGAAGUACGUGGAGGAGCACCUGGUGUUGACGUGGAACUGGAUGGUGAGUGUCAUGGACUCGACGGAGGCGCAGCUGCGCUACGGCUCGGCGCUGGCGUCGGCAGGCGACCCGUCGCAUCCAAGCCAUCCGCUCCACGCCUCGCAGAACCCCGCGCGGCGCGAACGCGAGCGGCCAAACCCUCGCGACGACGCGGCGCUACGUGGGCUCGAGUCACGCAGGCGGGCCACGCUGCUGUCGUCGCGCCACGGGCUGCUGUCGGCGCGUGGCGACUUCCUGACGUACGCGCUGUCGCUGAUGCGCGCGCAUAAGGACGAGCACUCGGACAUCCUGCCCCUGCUGGACGUGUGCUCGCUCAAGCACGUGGCGUACGUCUUCCAGGCGCUCAUCUACUGGAUCAAGGCCGUGAACCAGCAGACGACGCUGGACACGCCGCAGCUGGACCGCAAGCGGGCGCGCGACCUGCUCGAGCUGAGUCUGGAGACAGAGGACUCGGAGCACGAGAACGACGAGGACAGCAACAUGAGUGAGACACGUGGCCAUAGUGGCUCGCUGCCCUAUAAGGACGAGGAGCUGCUGCCGUCGGAGUCGGGACCGCACCACGCCUUCUUCCGCCGCUCUGACUCCAUGACGUUCCUGGGCUGCAUCCCCCCGAACCCCUUCGAGGUUCCCCUGUCGGAGGCGCUACCCCUGGCCGACCAGCCCCACCUCCUCCAGCCGAACGCGCGGAAGGAGGACCUGUUUGGGCGUCCGAGCCAAGGGCUCUACUCGAGCCAUGCGGCCAUAGACAAACCGGAUCCCCGGGACGACGCGGCCAGGAGCUGCCUCGAGGUCCUCCCCACCAAGAUGUCCUACUCCACCAACCUCGCGAGCGUGAGCGGCAUCGGCGAUUGCCAGCGCCGGCCCGGUGGAGCCAGCACCUCCACACCGGAGGCGCCGACCACACAGCAGCCCCCGCCGCCACCGCCACCACCACCCCCUCAGCAACUGCAGCAGGCGGCUUUGCCAGCGUUGGUGCCUGUCGAGUUCCGUCCAUCUCUCUUCCCCCCUCCGCCGCCGGCUGCUGCUGCCGCCGAUGUGAAGCCAGGACCAUCUUCUGCUGCUGCAGGAGCAGCAGCAGCAGCUGGUGGUGGUGGGGCAGCCGAGUCGGAGGAGCCGGCGCUGUCUGCGUUCAGGUCCCAGUGCAGCUUCAUGGGCAUGGUGAUCUCACAUGACAUGCUAUUGGGGCGCUGGCGCCUCUCACUCGAGCUGUUUGGCCGUGUCUUCAUGGAGGACGUGGGGGCUGAGCCUGGAUCGAUCCUCACGGAGCUGGGCGGCUUCGAGGUGAAGGAGUCCAAGUUCCGCCGGGAGAUGGAGAAGCUGCGUAACGCACAGUCCCGCGACCUCACCCUGGAAGUGGAUCGUGACCGCGAGCUGCUCAUCCAGCAGACCAUGCGGCAGCUGAACAACCACUUUGGGCGGCGCAGUGCCUCCACGCCCAUGGCCGUGCACCGUGUUAAGGUCACUUUCAAGGACGAGCCGGGCGAAGGCAGCGGCGUCGCCCGCAGCUUCUACACGGCGGUUGCCCAGGCACUGCUCUCCAACGAGAAGCUGCCGAGCCUCGACUUCAUCCAGCAGGCCAGCAAGGGACUGCCCGCUAGCCUGAUGCAACGUCUGCGGAAUCGCGAGCGCGAGCGGGAGAGGGAGAGAGAGCGCGAACAGCGCAGGGCGGGCGGCCUGAGGGCCGGCUCGCGGCGCGAGAGAGAGAGAUGGUGGUGCAGGGAGUCUCGGCGGCAGCUGUCGAUCGAGGCGCGGCCAUUCCACAGCAGCUCGGAGGGCAGCCCGGCCGAGGAGUACGAGCCUCUCCCGGCACAUCGGCAGGCGCUCGGGGAGCGGCUCUAUCCACGCGUGCAGGCGCUGCAGCCCGCCCUGGCUGGAAAGAUUACGGGCAUGCUGCUAGAUCUCUCGCCUGCCCAGCUGCUGCUGCUCCUGGCAAGCGAGGACUCCCUGAGGGCGCGCGUGGACGAGGCGAUGGAGCUGAUCAUCUCGCACGGGCGGGACGGGGCAGCAGAAUCUCUGAUGGAUCUGCCCAUCCUCCCUGACUCGGACAGACCCCAGGAUGGGCGCAAGCGACUAGGCAGCCGCAGCGUGAUGGACACGGACCAAGAUGACUCGGAUGACUCGGAGGACAACAGCCCGCUAUUCUACCAGCCGGGCAAGCGCGGCUUCUACUCCCUGCGUGCCGGAAAGAACACGGAGGCUCGGCUCAACUGCUUCCGCAACGUCGGCCGUAUUUUGGGGCUGUGUUUGCUGCAGAACGAGCUUUGUCCCAUCACUCUCAACCGCCACGUCAUAAAGGUCAUCCUGGGCCGUAAGGUGAACUGGCACGACUUUGCGUUCUUCGACCCCGUGACGUACGAGAGCCUGCGUCAGCUGAUCCUGGCGGCGCAGAGUUGCGACGCCGAUGCCGUAUUCAAGGCCAUGGACCUCACCUUCUCCAUCGACCUAUGCAAGGAGGAGGGUGGCGGGCAGCUGUGCAGCACACCGAUGGAACUGGUGCCGGGGGGACUGACGGCGCCGGUGACUCCGGCCAACGUCUACGAGUACGUGCGCAAGUACACCGAGUACCGGAUGCUGGUGGCGGCCGAGCAGCCUGCGCUGGCAAUGCGCCGUGGCGUGCUCGAUGUGCUGCCUCGGAGUGCGCUGGAGGACCUCACCGCUGAGGACUUCAGGCUGCUCGUCAACGGCUGCGGUGAAGUCAACGUGCAGAUGCUCAUCAGCUACACGUCCUUCAACGACGAGUCCGGCGAGAGUGCCGACAAGCUUCUGCAGUUCAAGCGCUGGUUCUGGUCGAUUGUGGAGAAGAUGAACAUGGCUGAGCGGCAGGACCUGGUAUAUUUCUGGACGUCGUCACCAUCCCUUCCGGCUAGUGAGGAGGGCUUCCAGCCGAUGCCGUCUAUCACCAUUCGCCCGCCCGACGACCAACACCUCCCCACGGCCAACACGUGCAUCUCGCGCCUCUACGUGCCCCUCUACUCCUCGCGGCAGAUCCUGAAGCAGAAGCUGCUGCUGGCCAUCAAGACCAAGAACUUCGGUUUUGUGUAGCCGGGCCUUGUGGGGCAAGUCUUGUCUAUUUGGUUACCCGUCCACCAUUCGUCCACCCGACCACUUGCUUGCGCGCUCGAUCGUUAAGGGCUGCGGUCACCGUGCACUCAGGAGGCAGGGUUUGCGCAAAUUCGCCUCUGUAAAAUAAAGUUAAUUAAAAAAACACUUUUAAACUAAAAAGAAGAAAUGGGAAAAAAGAGAUGAAAGCGUAACCGGGGGCCGCUCUUGUACGAAUGUGCCAUGCGGAAACGGACGUCAAGGUGAAGCCAUUUGGCAGCGUACACCCAGACUGUAUAAAAUAAUAACAGUAACGAGAAUAGAUAAGACACAAGGAAGGCGAGAGGGCUUAAUAGCGUAGCUCACUUUAUUACACCUCUUGCCAAGUGGGGAGUUGCGAGCAGAGCUGCGAGUUUUGGUUUUUAUUUAAUUUCACUGUUUUGUUUUUGUUAACAUUUUGUUAUUUGUGGAGGCCCCCAUGCUCAGUGGGAGCCUGGCCGAUGCGAGGGGCUGGCCGCGUCCAAAGGGCCCCCCCCACCCUCUCCCCGCCAACGGGCACUGACUCUGUCCACGUUGUGAGUGAGACACUUUUUGUUGAAUUACUGUUGUUUCACAUUUUACUUUAUUUUUUACUCCGUGAUAAGAGCUGGGACGGUUAGUCAAUUAAUGGACUAAAAUUUGUAAUCCACUACCUUUUUGUGGUAGAUUACUUGGGCCCUUUUAAAAUGUUUUCCGCCUCCUACAUCCUGCCUCCUGAAGGCUGAAAACCUCCCCCCCCCCCUGCAAGCCACGCCCAUUGUGAGGCCGCUGAUGAUGAUCUGGAGACUUGAGCAGAUCACGCCCGUCACCACCGCAGCCGGGACAUGUGGUAGAAAGCCCCCUUUUUUGCAACAGUUUUGUUUUCGGAUUAGUUGAGUAAUCGAACCGAUAAUCGGUAGAGUAAAUGAUUACUUGAAUAAUGGACGGCCCAGCUCUGCACCGCAAGCACCUUGCUUACAUGUGUUUAGCCGUAUGUUGCACGCAUCAUAACCCACCGUCAUAAUCACCCAUUCCUCGUCGAAUUUUUGUUUAUACGCGCGUACUCACUGUCCCUUAACCUGGCGAGAGCACAAUGAGAGUCGUGUCGAGCAAAAAUGACUCGACAUGAAUGGACAGUUAUUAUUUUUACCGUUGAAUUCAUCGGGGACCGUUUGUUUUUGACUAAAGACCUGGAAUGUUAUGCCACAGGUGGCACACUGGGCCAAUUGGUGGCAUAUAGCCGAGUUCCAAAACAUCCACUCAAGCAGAUAUCUGCUGCUGCGUCUUGCCUCUGACAUUUAGAGACUCAAUUAAGUCUCCCAAGUGCACGAAAAUGAGAUCGCCCGAGCCUUGUCACUCGCUACACGUGUGCACUCGGGUGGAGAAGCACUGGUGAUGGCCUCGUUGGCUUGUGCGAACGAUACAUCUCUGCUUAAAGCAAGCACGGUCUGAGGCUGGUGUAGCUCCAUAUGCAGGAGGGAGUUUGGCCCGACCUGGUCGCAAAUGUCUGGUUAACAUCGCUAAAUGGAAAGUCCUCUCCAUUUCGUGUUUCAUUUGGAAAUCUGAACAGCCCUAAUGUUUUGUUGGGAAGGAUAUUUUCUGUUGUAGUGAAGAGCUGCACCUUGGUUCCAGAGGGUCUGGCCAGAGGGGAUGUGGUGGGAAUUGGAAAUGCCACCAACUUUGCACACUUGAACUUACAUCGUGCUCCUAUAAUUUAGUGUGAGGAAUAUUCCGUUUGGAACCGAGUGUCAUUACAUUAGCUCUUGAUGCUUGUGUUCUGCUGCGGUUUGUGCUGCUUUACAAGUAAGCAGAGUAAACAGCUCUUAGUUCAAGUCGCCUUCAACGUAAGACGCAUAUUUGAUUUUAUUAGCGUGUUUUAUCCGUUGGUUUUCAUGAGCAAAACCUUCGGUUACUUUUUCUCACAGUAAUCUUGGGUGAAUAUUAAAGGAAGACAUUGACGCGUUAAGAAAAUGCAAAACAAUAACAAUUGGAGUACAGUAACUGCAAAGGAGUUUCCCGUUACAUGCAUUUACACUUGGCGCAUCUCCUGCUUAUUGAACUCUGCAAUAUCCGUGUUCACACUGGGGGCAGUCUGUUCACAUCAGACUCGAUGUGAUCAAACUAAAUCUCAUUCACGGUACUUUAAAAAAAGGCCAUUUCUUAGACGUCUCCACGCAAAAAUGUUUGAGUGGACUUUUGUUCAGUUCACCUCGAACUCGCGUUUAGACCGCUGCGUGUACACCACGCAGAUGUGUGCAGCCCUUCUGAGAGCCUGGUGCCAGAUGAGUGCCUCCCCACGCCAUCACGUGGCUUGUUUGAGCAUACUUCACACUGUCACCGCGCUGCAGUGUGGUAAAGGUGAAGGCGGGUGGGGGGGGCAUAGAUGCAGGAGCAUUGUACAGCAGUUUUUUUUCUGCACCACCCUCAACUGUCAAUCACGUAGCCAUGCAGAAGCCUCUUGCCACCAGACGCCCAGAGAAAGUAAUUUAUCCAUAUUCUUUCCAAGCUUAACUUUGCUUACGAGAUGUGAUGCGAUCGGGCCAAGUCCGAGUGAUUUAGUCAAAGUGCUUAGACCAAUCUGCGUACAUGUCAUAGCAAUAUACAGCCCUUUGUUAAUCCACUGCUGGAUGAGGUGUCCCCCAUGUUUUCGUUAUUAUUGUUUUGGACCACACUUCACCACGCUGGUCAGUGCGAGUUUGUGAAGUAGGGAACUUUGGGACCAUUUACCAUAUCGCUCGAUUGAGGUUUGCCGUCGCUGGGAACUGAACUCGGGUGGCCAGGUUCAUAGAGCGUUGUGAUAACCACUGCCCUACACACGCAAUCAUUUUAUGUAUAAGCAUGCUAGAGCCCAUGAGGCAAGAUUUGUGCUCGCAAGGGAGACCUGGGAUGCCGACAAAUAACUUUAAAACAUAAAACUUGGUAAAAAUGUGAACCCUAGCCAAAUCUUGGAGAAGUUUUGCAAACAAUAAAUAAUACAAAAACCAAUCACUAAUAGACAUUUCGGUUAGACAUUUGAUCCAAAUAUCAAAAGUGCAGUGGCUCAUUGCUUGGAUGUAAAAUGCAUAACGUGGCACAUAUACAUACCACAUGCAAGUGAGCUCUGGCGACAUUGAGGUUAUCUACAAUAGUAAGUAAGGGUAGUUGCUAUCAACAUUUGUAAUUAUACCAUUUUUCUCGUGUUAUUUACAGGAUGUUCAGAUUACAUUGCCCAGUGUGAACGUAGUUUAUCAAUCCCAUGGUGUAUGUCUUCUAUAAGCAAGUGCCCACGUUCAUGACACUCAAUGGCAUGCAGCUCGGGCUCAUGCACGUUUGCAAUGAAGGUGGUGGUGGUCGGGGUCGCGAUGGUUCUCAUGAGUGCAGUGGAGGGUUGUGACUGGCAUCUGCCACGUGCACACAGGUAAAUGUGAUCGUCUGUCAAUUCUGAACAUUCGUUCCAUUUUAUUUGCCUUUCGAUUCCUGAAGUACCAAUUCGGACACGUGAUCAUAUAAACAAUGCCUAUUAUAACUAUACCUUUCCUCCCAUUUGAGCGAUCGUCGGUUGGAAACCAUCAGAAAUCGCCGAUAGCUGUUGCUGGUUGAAUACAAUACCUCGAAGAAUGGUUCUUGUGUUAGCUUGAACCUUGCCACAGAUUUAUUAUUUGGUAAAUAGGAAACCUGGCACGACACGAGAUGGUUGAGACCUGGCUGCAGUUAAUACAAAUCAGAGGUUGCCUUUCUGCCAAUACACGAGUCUGACGCUGAAUGGCAUCUGUAACGUCCUGUAAAACGGUCUGAAUUAAAAUUGUGUAAAGGUGUUUAAUGCAACUGGCUCUGAAAAGGUUUGUGCACGCUUGAAUAUUUUUGUUCUUUAAAACUUGUACAAAUUAAGAUGCCAAAAAAAAGCAAGGAUCAUUGAAUCACACUGCUGUUACCAGAUAAAUUACGAAUAAAAACAACACCCCAGACAA